UUGUCUCGCGUUAGAGAUUUGUCAUACAGUUUCCCCUGACACUUGGCUCAUUGUUAUUAUUAAUUUUUCAUGGGGAUAAUUUGUACUAAAUGACUACUUCAAUAAAUAACGCCGGCAGCAAGCGGCAGUUGCGCUUUCGCGGCGAUUUGAGCACUCACAACCGUGUGGACGAACUGCAUCCGUUCCACCAGAGCCAACAGGAGGAGACCAAGCCGAAGCACCAGCUACCACCAAAGCCGCUUGGCCAGGAUGACGUUGCAGCGAUGCCCACGGCAGCAACGGCGGGAGCAAUGCAUCAGCGGAAUCAGACCGACAACUACGAAACCUGCGCGAAUACGUUUUUCGAUUUCUUUAAAAUCGAAUUGACCCGGGGAUAUAUGCUGGAGCACGAUGAAGAACGUUACUCGGCGCGACGACAGAAGAUAUACAGCUUCAUGCGUAUACCUCGGGACCUGGAGCGAUUUAUGGUCUAUGGGAUUAUGCAGUGUGCAGAUUCUUUUCUAUACAUUCACACCUUUCUACCGAUUCGAUUCCUAAUGGCUGUUUGGGCAUUGGUCUAUAGAACGGUGGCACGCAUCUUUCGGUUCCGUAGUGGCGGCCAGAGAUUGCUGUCCCCGGCAGAAAUAUGCGAUUUGCUCAAGGGAGUCAUUUGGAUAAUCGUAACGCUCAUAAUGCUCUUGGUGGACACCAACCGAGUGUACCACAUCAUUAAGUCACAGUCUAUUAUUAAAUUGUACAUAUUUUAUAAUAUGCUGGAGGUGGGCGACCGGUUGCUCUCUGCCUUCGGCCAGGAUACCAUAGAUGCUCUCUUCUGGACAGCCACCGAACCGAAGAAUUCAAAGCGGGAGCACUUUGGCACAAUCACACACACUCUACUAACUCUGAUCUAUGUGAUUCUGCACAGUGGCCUGAUUAUGUUUCAGGCCACCUGCUUAAACGUAGCCGUUAACUCAAACAACAAAGGAUUGCUCACUAUUAUGAUAUCGAACAACUUUGUUGAGCUCAAAGGAUCCGUGUUCAAAAAGUUUGACAAAAACAACCUGUUCCAGCUCACGUGCAGCGAUGUGCGCGAGCGUUUCCACUUGUCUGUGUUGCUCUUCAUCGUGGUGAUCCAAACAAUGAAGGAGUUUGAUUGGUGCAUCACCCAGUUUUGUGUAAUGCUUCCCGACUGCGUUGCUGUUCUUUUCACCGAAAUUCUGAUCGAUUGGGUGAAACAUGCGUUUAUAACGCGAUUCAAUGAGCUGCCGGAGAGCAUUUAUCGAGAGUAUACGACCAGUCUGGCCUACGACAUGACCCAGACACGACAGAAGCACGCUUUUUCGGAUCAUUCGGACUUGGUUGCCCGGCGAAUGGGUUUCAUCCCAUUUCCACUGGCUGUGGUGUUGAUCAAAGCCAUUUACACAGCUGUUUCGUUCAAAAGCCUGGCCGCCUGGCUGCUUUUCCUGUUAGCCUACUUAUUUGCAAUGGGACUUAGAGUGUGUUUAACUAUAUGUGCCCUUGGCAAGGCCUGUAAGCUAAUGAAAGAGCACCAGACUGAGAGAAAUAGCUCCACUCCAAGCAGCAUGACUAAUGUGCCGGUUAUUGGGGCACCCACUUCCAACUCUUCGUUGAUUGGAGGUCAAAAUAACAACAACAAUAUCAAUAUUGGCACGAAGCCAGCUCAGGCUGUCCCCACGCUUCUGACCACACCAAGUGCCGGAAAUUUGGAUGUAAGUCAUAACUUCUCGCGUGCCUCGCUCACCUCUACAUCGACGCCGAAAAAGGCGGUCAGCGAACAAGAAUUGGAUGUCACCAAUUCCCUGGAACUGGGCGCCACGGCUCUCUUCUCCAAUAGCGAUGUCGACUUGGAUGAUGUGUGCCUCAACGAGCAGGUGACCAACACCAACGCAAACUCUGCCGUCCAGGAGAUCUAUCAAGAGCAGGAUCUGGUUCGCAGCCAGCCGGAUCUGAUGCUUCUCAACAAUUCCGCUGGCGGAGAAGGAAGUCCUAACAAAUCCAAGCAAGCGAUCCAUCGGCUGCCCAAGCGAACGCACAAGCGCUCGGAGUCAGAGCCGGGCAUUCCCAGUUUGUCGGAGAAAGGAGCAGCGCUUCCGUCCGGCAAUCAAACGACUCAACUGUAGCCAUAAAUCGAUGCUAAUUUAUUAUAUAUUUGAUGUUACUUUAUAUCUAGUUGCGUUUUUUACAUUCUGUUUAUUGGUAAUUUGAAUAGAAUACGUAAGUAUAUGUAAGAAUGGAUAACGCGAUGGUAUUCUAGUUGAUAGCUCAGAAAUAUUGUUUCAAUGUUCUCUCUAGAAAAUCGAAGAGUGCCUGAAAAUCCCUUGUAUGGUUUGCUAUAAGGUGGUUCUGUAUAUUUGUAAAUCAGUUUUGGCAAAAUCUAUACUUAAAUCAACCAUAUGGACUGUUAUUGAGCUCUUUAAUAAAUAAAAUUAAAUAUAAACUCUA